AUUUUAUUCAAAUGUUGUGAAUUAUGUUGUUCAUUUACUUGAAUUAUGAAUUAUAGUCCUAUUGAUAAUAUAAAAACGAAAAAGCUAAGAAGGCACUGGAAUGGGCUAUCGAAAUGUCUGAGAAGUUCUGUCCUUAGUGUUAUCAUUAUUACCACUUUAAUUUGCAUUUAUUUUUACCUAUUGCACCCAAUAGUUACAAUAUCAAAGAAUGGAACAGAAAAAAACGAAAUUCCAAGUCAGCUCAUGAAAAAGGAUAGUUCAAAUAUCUUGAGGCCAGUAUUUGGUGAUGUACCUGGAGUUGAUGGGGUAAUAGAAGAGCCUAGUGAUAUAGACACACUUGAAAAUAGCAAUGAUAGGAGCAAUAAUAAUUAUAGACAUGAGUUGAUUCCUGCAAACAGAAAUCAUAAAUUUUCAGGUCCUACUACAGCAAGACAGAAAAGCGUUGUUAAGGCAUUCAAACAUGCUUGGAAAGGAUACAAAAGGUUUGCAUGGGGUCAUGAUCACCUGAAACCUAUUUCCGAGACCUACCAUGAUUGGUUUGGUUUAGGACUGACUAUUGUUGACUCCAUUGACACAAUUUACAUAAUGGGGCUCAAAGAAGAGUAUGAAGAGGCUAGAGAUUGGAUUGAGAAACACCUGCAUUUCGAUGUUAAUCGAGAUGUAAACCUGUUCGAAGUCACAAUAAGAGUCUUAGGCGGUCUACUUAGUAUUCACCAUUUCACAAAGGAUACAAUGUUUCUGACCAAAGCAAUCGAUUUGGCAGAUAGACUUCUUCCAUGUUUCGAAUCUGAAUCUGGUAUUCCUUAUUCAGACAUCAAUUUGUCUACAAGACAGUCCCACGCACCAAAAUGGUCGCCAGACAGUAGCACAUCUGAAGUUACUACAAUACAACUAGAAUUUAGAGACCUGAGUAGGAUCACAGGAGAUCCCAAAUAUGAGAUUGCCGUCGAAAAGGUGUCGAUGAUAAUUCACAAGCUGGAGAAGAAAGACGGACUGGUUCCUAUUUUCAUCAAUGCAAAUACUGGUCAAUUCAGGUCUUAUGCCACCAUAACUCUGGGGGCACGCGGCGAUAGCUACUAUGAAUAUUUACUUAAACAGUGGAUCCAAACGGGUAAAGCAAUAGAUUACUUAAAGGACGACUAUCUCGAGAGCAUAGCGGGCGUCGAGAAGCACCUCCUCCGGCGUACCGUGCCGAACGGCCUCGCCUUCGUGGGCGAGCUGCCAGGUGGCCGCGGCGAACUCAAGCCCAAGAUGGACCACCUGACGUGCUACCUACCGGGCGCUUUGGCGCUGGGCACUCGCCACGGCCUGCCCGAGCGCCAUCUGCGGCUGGCCGAGGAACUGGCCGCGACCUGCUACCAGACCUACGCGCAACAGCCGACGUUUUUGGCGCCCGAGAUCACCUACUUCAACUUGCAGGCCGAAAAAUCCCAAGACAUGUACGUGAAAUCGAACGACGCACACAACCUACUCCGUCCGGAGUUCAUCGAGAGCCUCUGGUACUUGUACCAGAUAACGAACAACUCCACCUACCAGGACUGGGGCUGGCGCAUAUUCGAGGCCUUCGAGAAGUACACGAGAGUUGUGAACGGCUACACUUCCAUUGGGAACGUGAAGAACACUGCCAUGGUCAGACCCAAAGACAUGAUGGAGUCGUUUUUCCUCAGCGAAACGCUGAAAUAUUUGUAUUUGCUGUUCAGCGACGAUCCCAAGUUGAUAGACUUGGAAGAGUAUGUUGUCAAUACUGAGGCUCAUCCGCUGCCCAUUAUGUACUCAAAUAAUUGAUUUUAUGUUGGUUUUUUUCUUAAUGAAAUCUAGUCCUUUUACUUUUGAUCACGGUAAAAUAAAUAAGUCCAAUUUG